CUUCCCCGAUCCAUUGGCGCAGCCGCAGUUCGUAGCGUAGAGUUAGAAUAGACCCGGAAGUUCCUCUUUGCCGAAUGCGUGUACGGUCGCGGAAAAAAACUAAAAUAUUUAUUUUUUUCCAUUAUGAAGAUAAAUGAAAACACGCUGCUGGAAGGCCAUAAAGUCGUGCUGGUGCCAUAUAAUGCCGAACACGUGCCAAGGUAUCACGAGUGGAUGAAGUCCACCGAGCUGCAGCAGCUGACUGCCUCAGAGCCGCUGACCCUUGAGCAAGAAUAUGACAUGCAACGCAGCUGGAGGGAAGACAGUGACAAGUGCACCUUCAUCAUCUUGGACAAGCGGCGGUGGGCGGACUGUAAAAUGAAAGAGGAGCAAUGCAUGAUCGGAGAUGUUAACAUCUUCUUGACCGACCCGCUGGAUCUGUCCCUGGCUGAGCUGGAGAUCAUGAUAGCAGAGCCCGCUUACAGAGGCAAAGGCAUCGGGAAGGAAGUGGUGCACAUGAUGAUGCAAUACGGGGUCGCCAAACUCAACAUCCAAAAGUUUCAAGUGAAAAUCGGCCUGAACAACGCGGUCAGCAUCGCCAUGUUCAAGAAACUGCAGUUCCAACAGGUGUCGGUGUGUCGGGUGUUCAAGGAGGCCACCUUGGAGAUGACCAUGGACGAGCGUGUUCGCAGCAGGCUGCUCCAGAGCACCGUCCACAUGAGGGAGCGGGACUACACGCUGAGCCGCAGCGGCAGACAGGAAGUGAUGUCACAGGAUUAAAGAAAGAUGAGGAAGACUAACAAGAGGAAGAACGCUCGUGAAACGCCACUGUGAUUUCAACACGGACAGAUGGCAGGAUCUGCUCAACUCCCAGAGGAACUCUCUUUGAAGUGUUAAACGAACUCUCUUUGAAGUAUUUCACAAACUCUCUUCCAACUAUUUGGUAACUGAAGUCAACGCUAUUUACGACCCGCUGCCCUCUUGAAGUCCCUGUGGUCAGGAGACGGGAGGGGUUAUCCAUUGUCCUCCAACACCUGCCCCAGCUGGAUCCAGGAAGAGCCCAAGCCCGAGAAAUCCUCUUCUUGGACUUCAAAGCGACCGAAAACAAUGACUCUUUUACACACUUACCAUUCCUGCUGUGACAUAUGUUGAUGCGUGAACAUGGAACAUCUGAAUUAAAAGAGGAGACGAAAACCUUCUUCGUCAGAGCGUGCUAAGACACUGUAAGAGGUUACAGGUCGACGCCGUCUCUCCUCAAUUGAGUCCAAAUUGAAUUCUGUCUCUGUUUGAUUCCUUGCCUUUUGUCUUGUUUAACAGAUGUCCUCAGUUUUUGAACGUGACACUACUCCUUUUAAAUCAAAAUGACAAAAGAAAGUACCCAAAUGACCCUGAUCAAAAGUUGACAUACCCCAGUGACUUUGAUCUGAUAACAUGCACAAAAGUUGACACAAACAGGUUUGAAUGGCUCAUCAAGGUUCCAAUCCUCACCUGUGACCUGUUUGUUUGUAAUGAAUGUGUGUGUAUAAAAGGUCAGUGAGUUUCUGGGCUUGUGACAGACCAUUGCAUCUUUCAUCCAGUGCUGCACAGAUUUUUCUGGAUUCUGAGUCAUGGGGAAGGCAAAAUAAUUGUCAAAGGAUCUGCGAGAAAAGGUAAUUGAACUGCAUAAAACAGGAAAGGGGUAUAAAAAGAUAUCCAAGGAAUUGAGAAUGCCAAUCAGCAGUGUUCAAACGCUGAUUAAGAAGUGGGAAAUGAGGGAUUCAGGUA